CCUGAGCAGACCAUCCCUGGAGCUGAGAAUGUCCCACAGUGUCAAGCCUCUGCUCUUCCUUGCUUUGGCAUGUGUGCUGCUAGCUCACCUCUGCAGCCAGUCAGAAGCAAGCAACUUCGACUGCUGCCUUCGGUACACGCAGCAGGUUCUUCCUCACAGAGCUAUUGUGGGUUUCACAAGACAGACGGCCGACGAGGCUUGUGACAUUGAUGCCAUCAUCUUUCACAUGAAAAAGAAAUUUUCUGUGUGUGCCGAUCCAAAGCAGAGCUGGGUGAAAAAGGCUGUGCACCUCCUCAGUCUAAAAGUCAAGAGGAUGUAAACACGGAUUCUUUCCUGGGAUGGAAUUGGACACAGCCCAGGGAGGAAGUGAUCACAAGGGGGGAUGGAGGCUUCACCUGCACAUCACUGAGCAGACCUGAUUUGUGUCCCACUGGACUGGUCCAAUGGAUGAAGUUGAUUCAUAUUGCAUCAUAUUGUGUCUUCUUUAAGCUCAUGUUAGAGUUAAGUUGUGUUUUAUGUUAUUUAUAGAUAUGGGUUUUCUAUGUUUAGCUAUUUAAUGUCAAUUUCGCACAAUCUAUGAGGGGGGCUUAGUGUAAGUAAUAUUAUACUUAAGGGAAUAUGAUAAUAUAGAUCUUCUUGUGAGCAAUAAGCUAUUGUAAAAAUAUUUAAUUUUCUUCUGUGUAUUUAAUUGUCUCUCAAGUUGAUGUAACUACCUUAUAA